UAUAUGAUUCUUCUUCUUAUUAAUAUUAUUUAAAUAUGUCUUUAAAAAUCUACCGCCGUGGAAAAACAAUGCAAAUUUUCCGUGACUUCAGUUCCAUCUUACCCAAGAGCGCACAAAACAAAAAUAUUCUACUCCACAAAUUACAUUUUCUUUUCCUGCCAGUGUAAAAGAUUCGUAAAGCCCACUCUAACAUGACAGUAGUGUAGGCACACAUCAUGGUAGUCUUGUCGGUUCUGAAUUAGCUGGAAUAGAUGAGAAGUGGAUUUUUGCCUAAUCUUCCCGGUGUUUGUUUACCUCUGCACUGGUUAGCGUGUUUUACAAGAAGUUGGCAAAUGAUAUACACAUUUUGUACAAGCGGGAUCUGGAGAUGGGAUCGGCUGACGGCGGGGGGAGGAAAACUCCACCCAGCAGAUAGGAUCUUGGGCAGGCAGAGCGGAGGGGGAGUUUGCGCUGAAAGAGCUCGGGCUGGUCGGACGGGAGCUCGAUAUAAGUCCUGCAGAAAACUUCAGAGGGGGCAAAGUCCAGCCCGGGCGAGAGGGAGAUAGGGUGGAACUUGCGAGCGCGCUGGGAACUAAAUCACAUGUGAUUUUUUUUACAGAAAUGCUCCAAAGAUGGCGGUGGUAGUAGCGACUGGAGUUCCGAUUGGCUCUGGAGUGCAAAAAAGUGGAUUUGUGGAGGUUUUGGUGCGAGAGCAGUGGCACAAAGUUUUGGUCAACUUGAACGAGGAAGCGCUCACGUUAAGCUGUGAGAGCAACGUUAACGAGAGUGUCGAUGACAAUGUCAACUCUAACGGCGUUACCAACGGAUCUUACCAUGACAACAGUAAUACCAACUCCAACAAUGGCCCCCAAACUGUGCGCACCGCGUUCACGGACCUCCCGGAGCGGGUACCCGAAGCGAUCGCCAACAAAAAGCGGUGCGUCAAGGUGACCAAGCAGGAAGUCGGGGGACUCGGGAUUAGCAUCAAAGGAGGGAAGGAGAAUAAGAUGCCCAUCCUCAUAAGUAAAAUAUUCAAGGGGCUCGCUGCGGACCAGACCCAGUCUCUGUAUGUGGGGGACGCGAUCCUGUCCGUGAACGGUAUGAACCUGCGGGACGCGACCCACGACGAGGCUGUGCAGGCGUUGAAACGAGCCGGGAAAGAGGUGACUCUGGAAGUCAAGUAUAUGCGUGAGGCCACACCAUAUGUCAAAAAGGGCUCUCCCGUGUCAGAGAUCGGCUGGGAGACGCCUCCUCCCGAGUCUCCCCGUCUCAGCAGCCCUCCUGUCACCUCCUCACCUGAAACUCCAAGUCCUACGAUUCAGCACUCCUUGUCUCUGAACGGUGACAGGAGGUGCAUACCACUGAAGAUGUGUUAUGUAACCCGAGCCAUGACCACACCAGACCCUGAGAACAGACAACUAGAGCUACACUCUCCUGAUGUCAGGCACACUGUGGUGCUGCGUUGCCCAGACCAACCAUCUGCCCUGUCGUGGUUCUCCGCCAUGCACUCUGUCACAUCAGCACUGGCCCAGCGGGUGCUGCAAGAGGUUAUCCAAAACACAGCCAGGGCAGGAGUUGCUGGCAGCAAAGAGAUACGACACCUGGGAUGGCUUGCAGGCAAGACAGAGAGUGAGAAGCAGUGCUGGAAGCCGGUGCUGGUGGUGGUGACAGAAAAGGACCUGCUGCUAUAUGACUGCUUACCACGAGGCCAGGAGGCCUGGCAGAGCCCUACACACACUUACCCACUUUUAGCAACGCGUCUGGUCCACUCAGGCCCUGACCGGGGGUCGCCGCACUCUGGCACAGAGCUGUUCUUUGCCACUCGGACUGGCACACGACUUGGCAUUGAGACUCACCUGUUCCGGACUGAGACCACCAAGGACCUGUCCCUGUGGACCAGACACAUUGUGAAUGGAUGUCACGGAUCAGCUGAGAUGAUCAAAGAAGUCUCUACGAGUUGUCUGUACCGGGGUCAGGAGUGUCGGCUGGCGAUCCACUAUGAGAGGGGCUUCUCUGUGCUGGCUGACCCGAAAGCAGAAGAUGGGGAGGACUUUGAGGAGAGAGUAGCUCGCACUACUAGCAAGCCCCAAGUUCUCCUCUCUUACCCCUUUGAAAAACUAAAGAUGUCUUCAGAUGACGGAGUACGCAUGCUGUUCCUCGACUUUGGGGGGAAGGAAGGGGAAAUUCAAUUGGACCUCCACUCGUGUCCAAAGCCGAUCGUCUUCAUCCUCCACUCUUUCCUCUCUGCUAAGAUCUCCCGCCUGGGUCUGGUAGCUUGAUGGCGUCUCCACAAAGGGACAUGUAAACUUCUUUGAAAGCAGAACUCCACCUUGUCUGUCCGCCUAUCUGCAGCCUGCAUGCAGUUAAACCACCUCAAACUCCUUCAGUCGGAAACCCGAGCUGAGCGAAUGUAGCCUCUAUCUGGAAAUCAAACUCUGUAUGGAUUCUCCAACUCUAUGUUUAAGAAAAAAAAUUAAGAAAGAGAUCAAAGUGAAAAUGUGCUCUUAACAGACUCUCUGUAAUGGCUGCAUGGACUGAAAUGUUGAUUGAAGAAACACGGAGGAAAGUUCAGACUGGCCUAGAUACAGAAGGAUGACAUAAGGACAUAUGAAUGGAGAAUAUCGGGCAUUGCUGUCACGUUCGGAUUUGGAAGGAUUGUCCACGUGUAGCAGGCCUGGGAUGAAUUCACUUUCCAUUCAAUCAAAAUACCAGGCAAACUGCCUUCCAUUUACCAAUUAAAUAAUUUAUUUACCAUUAGCUCUGAAAGGACAUUCUGAAUUUCACUUGUCAUUUUUCUUCCACAAACACUUGACACACUGUGGAAAAACUUUGCGCAUUUGUCUUUAUUAGCGUCCCCUGAGAUGUCUCGCUAGCAGUGUCGGCAUUCAUCAUCGGAGCUCGUCGCCACAGUCCGCGGCUCGGAUUCCCACAGUGUGACAGCUCAUUCAGAUUCAAAAUGUCACUGUAUUCUUUUAACACACCGCACACAAUAAGCUGGUGGCCCAGUAUUUGAGCUGACAGCGAUCUGACAGUUAAAUUAGCGUUACAUGCAUGGAGUUUUACGUUCAGGGCGUAGGGAUGCGUUUGAUUAAAUUAUCCCUGACAGAACUACAGCUAAAUAAGACAUGUAGAGUAUUUUGGAAAAUCUAUUUUGAGCAGAUAAUUUAAAGCAGCAGUUUAAUCUUUUAGGUAAAUAUGCUCGUUGAUGCUCUUGCUGAGAGAUGACUGCUAUAAGCACUUGUGACCACUUUAUUAGGAACUACUAACGCAUUUAAAUCCAAAAGCUCUGCCAGAACUGUGACCUCUUAUGAAGUCGCAUUUUCAGCUUCUCUACCUUUUUGAGCCCUUCACGUGUGCCCGUGGGUUGGUACCUUUCAGUACAGUGCUGUCCAACGCACACCGAUGACCUCGCUCAGAAAUACAAACUAAAAGUCAGAAUGUGGAAACAGCAUGACACCCCAAAGAUAAUGUUUAAUGCAUGAAUUUGCACUACUAACCACAGGUUUCUUACCAAUAGCUAAAUGUUUACUUUCGUCUGCCAUCCUCUUCUUCAUGUUAGUAACUUAGAAAGUAGGAUACCAUUAUUUGAGCAGUUUUCUUGGAUUUAUGUGAGACGUUUUUGCGUGAAUUUUCCGAGUAGUAUUCCAGCACAGCAUGAACAGCUAGUCUGGCUUUGUCUUCCCCAUUUAAUCUUUACUCUACUAGUAAGUUGAUUUUGUUAUCUUUGGACAGAGUGAGGCUAACUUGGUCGAAAAAUAAAGACUUUGCCUGAAAACAGUUAAUCUUAAACUUACAUAAUAAAGUUUAUUUGUAACCUAUUCUGAGGGAAAAAUAUUUUUCCACAAAAUGCCAUUGGAGAAAAUGUUACCAGUUGCUAAAUUGACCUUGUGGUAAAGGGGAUUUAGUCUAAAAAAGACUGCAGCUAAGAACUCGACUAAUAACAGCAAACUCUGUAAAACAAUAACUUGAUGUUUUCACACAAUAAACACAUGACGUGUUAAUAAUUCAGCUCUAGAACCUUUGGACAGACCCAGUGUAGCUGUUUCCUCUUUCCACUCUAAGCUGUGGUCUGUGGCCUUAUGUUUAGAUGACUGAGUGAGCCUUCUCGUUUAAAUCUUUUUAACAAACUGAGUCAGCAUACCUCUCAUCAUUUCAAACAAUCUCACUAAGAGUAUCCAGUCCGAUCAGACGUGAUGAUGCUGUUUUGCUCCUCUUGUCUUAAUUCCAGGGCUGACAAUUUCCCAGCACACCUCUCUCUACAUCACAAACUGCUUACAAACUGCAACCCGAUCACGAAAAUACCUGCCAUGUAUAAUUCAAGUGAUUCUCAGUAUUUGUACUGAAACUUAAAGUUCGAUGAAAUAUUGCCCCAAACUUCCUGUAUUAUUUGUGAGAAAAACCAAAACAAGUUGGCUAUCGUGGUCUUCAAUCCUGCUUUAGUCCUGUAGCCGCCACGCAGCUCAUUAUUCUUUUAGAUGUCACGCAGCAGAUCAACUCUGUAUGCCGCUCUGUCUCUGACAGGCUGGCUGCCGGCUCUUUUCUCGUGCCUUUAAACAUCUGAAGAAAGUAAAUAUUUGAAUUAUAAAAGAAGUGAAUCAGAGAUCACAGGGUGAGCAUGAAAUAGUGUGACUUCUAUGAUGGCUGUUAAAAGUGGUAUUUUUGUGUUUGCGUUCUUUAUAUUAUAAACACACUGAAAUAUUCCCAGUGGUCAUUUACACACACACACACACACACACACACACACACACACACACACACACACACACUGUGAUUGUAAUCUUACUACACUGUAGAAGAAAUCUUUGUUGUACUGAUAGUAAAAGAGACAGUGUAACACCUCGAUAAUCCAGCACUUACUGAUAAUGCCAAACAGCGAGAUGCUCUUUGACUAAAGGAUGCUUUGAUACGUAGAAUACUCCGAUGCCUUCGGCAGCUACUGUACUGUCACUCACAAUGAAAAGCUUAGUUUUUAAUUCAAACUGUGCACAUAAAUCAUGUAUUUAACAACA